AUGAAGUAUAUUGAUAAACUCAUCUCCCGACAUGAUCCAGCCGCUCAAAUUAUGAAAGCUUUUAGCGAAGAUCUGCGCUGGAGAGAGUUUAAAGGGGCAGUCGCACCGAUAGCGGCAUUUUUCAAGAAUGCUACCGUCACCACCAGCACAGAGGAAAACUACUGGACACUAUCUAAAAGCUGUUUGAUUGUCUUCUUCGUGCUUUCAGGGCAGACUUUCCCCCCUCAAGAUCUUACACGGGAAAAACCAGCAAAGAAAACAACCGAAAUUUUGAAUAAUGAUGACGCCACCAAAAACGCCACCGGGGGAUUCCUAUCCCUUAUCCGGGACUUCGCUGCAUCUACUACUGCGCAUGGCAUUGGCAAGGUGUUUGCCGCAGACAGCAUGGUUCGGCGGGCGCUGUGGUUGCUGGGGUGUCUGACGGUGUACGCAGUCAUGAUAUUCAUGUGUGCGCAGCUGCUUGUCAGAUACCUGGAGAAGCCUGUCGUAUCUCGUGUUGAAGUCAGUUAUGAAGAGAGCUUAGUGUUUCCAGCUGUGACAAUCUGCAACCUAAACAUGUUGAAGCACUCAAAAGUGGCAAAGAACCCCAGUAUUCAGUCUUUGAUGACAAACAUGAAAGAAAAAGACGAAAAAAUGAGAUAUCAGCCUUUGACUCCUCUUAAUACCACUGCUGCGCCUAAAGACGACCUUGACAAGAAGAUCGACGAGCAAAAGCACCGGCAGAUAAAGAAGCUAAUGCAAGAGGCGGUCUCGUCUAAGGAAAAGCAAAUCUUUCAGGGUGCAGAGGUCGACACGACGAGUAUAAUGGGCGUAAUGCUGAUGGGCUCGCUUCGGAAUGUCCCUUCAGACCGUCUGGCCCAGAUGGGCUACUCAUUGGAUGAUCUGUUAGUGUCUUGCAGGUGGUCAGCUUUCAAGUGCAAUAGUGGAACACUGAAAGACCUUUGGAAGCAUUUCUGGCACUGGAAAUAUGGGAACUGUUACACGUUCAAUUCAGGAGUUAGUGCUAACGGGGAGAAGAUGCCGAUAUUGACGGUCGAUCGCUCUGGACCCUAUGAUGGUCUCUCGAUGGUUAUAGACGUGAAGCAAGAUCAGUACAACCCGUUCGUGGACGAGGCCGGGAUCCGUGUCGUCCUGACAGAUCAGCAAAAGAUGCCGUUCCCAUUCGAAGAGGGAUUCAGUGUCCCUACCGGGUUCUCCACCUCUGUCGGCGUCAGACGGGUCUGCAGUGCCAAAAGAGAAAAUUCUCAUCACUCUAAUAAGACGUACCAUGUGAUAGGAUUGGAAGAAUUUAAAAUCAGAUCAAUUACACUGCUGAGGACCUUAGUGACUAGCUCUCCUCUCUGCAAUAGGGCGCAUUCUGCUAAAAGCGUGUUAAAGCGUGCAUUAGCGAUGCGUGUGCUUUGUGUUUGUUUGUUUAGUAAAUACGUAUACACGAGACGAGUCGAUCCCCAUGGCAACAACAGCUGCGCUAGCUCAGACGAGGAGUCCAUUGAUGAUAUUUAUAAGAAGAGGUAUUUCGUCAAUUACUCGGUCAAGUGUUUAUGUUCCUCCUGUUGUUGUGUUUUAUUGUUGUUGUUAUUCCUGCAUCUUUUUCCUGUUGUUCUGUUUCACUUUUUCCUGUUGUUUCUUUAUACUUCUACUGUUAUGGUCUAUUGUUGCUGCACAGUUGAAUACUGUUGUUAUGCUGAUAAGAAGUCGAAUCAUAUGUUAUCUUCAAUGUCCUAUCUCCUUUUAUUUUUUGUUAAAUCAUCAUCAUUCAUUUUUAUUGAAUUGUUUUCUUUAAGGGACAACAACUUUCGUUAUACGGUGUCUAGCGCACAAUGGUCAACAAAGUUCAAGCAUCAGCUUCAGCGACGAUUCCUACACAGGCUCAACAGCGGUAUACGGCCUCUUGACAUAAGUGACAAUUUUCUGAAGGUCUCGAUAUUCUACGAGGAGCUUUCCUUAGAAAAGAUAAUUUAUGAGGAAGCAUACCCGAUGGAGAAUCUUUUAGCCGACUUUGGUGGUCAGCUUGGGCUAUGGAUCGGAGUUUCUGUUCUAACUGUCGCAGAACUCAUAGAGUUGUUCGUGAACUUAUUUACUUUACUUUUGGUCAAGUCAAGAAAAGUUGACACCAUUUCCUCUAUCCUGUCGUAAUAAGGAAAGCGAAGAAAUAAAAAGGAUAACAAUGGUUUUCAUUUCA